CCAGGUUCCAACAUCAGUCUUAUAUUUUACAAAAAUGCUUAUUGACAACUAUCCGAACCAAGCCUAGCAAUGAGCUCGCCUUCGUAUCCUUAUAGACGCGCAAGUAUUCAAUCAAAAUGCCUCUCCAAUCAUUGAAUACCAACGUUGAGAGGGAUGGGUCCCUCCUCUCCCCCGUCCGCUACGACGACGAUGCCAUAUCACUACAUAGUCGAAGUGACCAGGAUACCGAUAGCGAGGAUGACGAACUACUAGCCGCUGCGCGAAACAGUAGGGAGCUACGCGCACGCGAUCGUAUGGUGUUGAUGGAAGAAGAAGAGUUGGAUAAGCUGGUAACUGAUUCGAGAGCUCGACGCGAACGAGAAAGGAGAGGAAGUAGUAUUCACAGGCGAGGGAGCAACCUUGCACUGCCGAACCCCAUACGAAUGCUAAGAGGUUAUAACCUCACGGGAUCUGGAAGCGCAAUAGACGAUGCUGGAAGUUCGGCAGAGGAUUUACAUCUUGAGAAACGAAGAAAUAGGCGAACACGCCGUAAAGAAAGAAAAGACCGGCUGCUCAAGGAAGCUCGUGAUGGCGAAGAUGGCGAGCUUAUGUACGAAAUGGAAUCAGGUAAAAUGAAGGACGGAAGUUCUACCGGCGACAGUAGCGACCGAGACGACAGUGACGAACUCGAUCGCAAGCGGUUAAUUCAGGUUUCGGACGCGAAGACUGAGAAGAAGAGACGAUGGAAGAAAUGGCUGCUCAUACACGCUACUAUCAUAGUUGGUGUGACAUUCUUAGGCCUCGUCAUCUGGAAGCUUGUUCAAAGCAGUAGAACGGAAGAGGAAGCGCAUGUAGUGGUUCCCACCCAGCUAGUCAGCAAUGGUUCUGCUCUGUUCCUGCCAACUACCCUGAUUAUUAGUCUCGAUGGAUUUCGAGCGGAUUUCCUAAACCGAGGUCUAACUCCAAGAUUGAAUGCAUUCAUCAAGGAGGGUGUUUCACCGUUAUAUAUGACUCCAUCGUUCCCUUCCGUUACAUUCCCGAAUCACUACACGCUUGCGACUGGUUUAUACCCGGAGAGCCACGGUGUAGUGGGAAAUACCUUCUGGGAUCCAGAGUUAGAAGGGGAGUUUUAUUAUACUGACCCCGACCGAAGUCUUGACCCCAAGUGGUGGGCUGGUGAACCGUUUUGGGUCACUGCUGAGGAGCAAGGUGUUCGCACAGCCGUUCAUAUGUGGCCUGGAAGCGAAGCACAUAUCAUGGGAAUAGAGCCGAGCUUCUUGGAUAAAUUUAACGGCAAAGAGAAACUGAACAAGAAGGUCGAUCGAAUUCUCGAAUUUAUUGAUAAACCAGGAGUAGAAACUCCGGACGCGGACCCCAAGGACGUAAGACCCCAAAUCAUAGCCGCCUACGUCCCUAACGUCGACUCGGACGGCCAUCGUUAUGGUCCCAACAGUACUCGGAUACGGUCAACGAUACAUUCAGUCGACAAGAUGUUGAAUAGGCUCUUUCAUGGGCUUGAGAAGAGAAAUCUUACCGACAUUGUCAACGUAAUCAUCGUCUCCGACCACGGUAUGGCCACGACGGACGUUAGUCGCAUGAUUCAAAUUGAAGAUCUAGUGGACAUGGAGAAAGUCGAGCAUCUCGAUGGAUGGCCAUUGGUCGGUAUCCGACCGAAGAAUAUGGAGGAUCUACAGUUACUGUACGAUCAAGCUGCUGAAAAGGCCAAGUCAAACCCAAACUUCGAAGUGUACUUGAGAGACAAGAACAUGCCAGAGCGUUAUCACUUCAGCAAUAAUAAGCGCAUUGCACCUCUGUGGAUUAUUCCCAAGACAGGAUGGGCGAUUGUUAAGCGGGAGGAGUUCGAUAUCCCAAAGGCGAAGGCUAAGAAUCGCGUUUACCACCCAAGGGGCCUCCACGGUUACGAUCAUGAACACCCUUUGAUGAGAGCCAUUUUUGUCGCCCGCGGCCCUGCCUUCCCACACCAACCUCACAGCAAAGUCGAAAUAUUCCAAAACGUCAACGUCUAUAACAUUCUCUGCGACUCUGUUGGUAUGAAGGCUAUGCCGAAUAAUGGAACACUGCAUCUACCGCUCAAGAUUUCUGGCCUACAUGACCCAGAUACACCAAUUGAGGAACCGGCUGACCCUGUUCCUAUCGAAACAUCACCUGAAGGGGAUGUUGCUACGGGAACAACAUCUAAUCCUCAAGUAGAGACGACUUCCGAAAAUACAGAGCCGUCUUCGACGGUUGGCGUAGAUCCAGUAGUCGAUAAGCCAAGCGAAGAAAGUCCACCGACAAACGAUGACGAGAAUGAGAGCGCCGGGUUACCAUGGUGGCAGAAUACCUGGGAUUGGGUGAAGAACAAGUUCGAUGGUUUAAUUGAUACGGUGAAAGGAAUCGGUAAAGGGUCAUCGUAGGGUAGUCUUUAUGCUUUACUAUUUCUUCUCCUUUUGAUCUUGGUGUUCCUCCCUUAGCGGAGGAAAUGUCGCACUUGGGAAUUUGUAUAUUAAUCAGGGAAUUGGUGUUGGUGGCGUUUUCUAAUUUUGCGUAGGGCGUUGAAGUCGGGUCUCCUUGCAUAGAACUUGUUGGUAGAGUAAUUACCUAUGGAGAGUGGGGGUACGAUACGAACUGCGAUCGUUAUUCUGGAUAGGUACCUAGUAGCUUCAGAAUAGUGUACCUAAGGAAUACUAGUAAAUGGAACUAUUAAUACCGUA